AUGAUACACAGUGUGGAUCCCCAUACCGCGCAUACCAGCGCAGAUGGCGUCGACUUCGACCCCAACGAGAUCUCCUACACACCGACAACGGGGGUGCGCACGCUGUUCGAGACGCCCCUCGUGCAAGCCACGCCCGAGACCAUCAAGGGGUAUGGCGAAAUCGUCGACUCUCCUCCACACGAGCAUCGCAUCGAGAUCGUGCGUUGGCCGGCCCAGGGCUGGCGCCCCGUCGACGCCAACUCGGGCGAUCAAGGCGGCGUGGCCGAAGGGGUGUUCGAAUUCUGGUGGAAAGGCGACACGUUGUACGCGCGAAACAACGCCGUCGGGUCUUCGUAUCUGUUCGCGUGGAGCCGGCUCCCCGAGGAGGCAUCAAGUGAGACGAAGGGGCCUCCACGGCCGCGGCGGGAACGAGCUCUGAUUUGGCGCGCGAAUUACCAUCCUGAUGGGGGGCAGUUAUUCUUUCCGAUCAAUGGCGAAAGCUUUGUUGUGCCAUUGGCGCUUCCUGGGGACGACGUGACACCGGACAAAUUCGUCGCGUUUCGUUGUGACGGUGGGAAGGGGCUGUAUAUUCACCCGAAUGUUUGGCAUGGGGCCGUGGUGCCGCUCGAUGACCAUGCACGGCUGCUCGAUAAGCAGGGCCGCGUGCAUGCUCGGGUAUCGGUCGAUUUUGCAAAGGAGUUUGGGGGAUAUUUGUCGGUGCCGUUACGGCCUGUAGAGUAG